AUGGUUGCAGGGAACCAAGCUACUGAAAUAGUGAGCAUCUUGAACAAUAACAGAACAGCUCGGAAACUCAGCAAACUAAGUGAGAGUCCUGGUCUUGGCUGCAUGGCCCUCCAGUAUGCUGAGCUCUGCGAGGGGAAUUGCAAUGUCAACAACAACACUGUGAGCUGUGAACCCCCUGAAGACGACUUCACUCAGGUUUUUGCCCCCAACUGUGGUGUAGAACUCCCCACUUUUGGUACCAUAACAGGCCAUAUCCUUGGCUGCAGCUCGAAGUAUGCAAAGCCAGAAGUCGCUUUCUCCGACAUUCUCUUUAGAGAUAGCAAAGCGUUGCUGGUGCUCAGAAACAGGUCGCAUACCGAGGUUGGAGUUGGAAUGGCUAGGUUGCAUAAAGGUACCUUCUUUUGGUGCCUUCUCUUUAGCGAUGGUGGGACUAACUCCACCUUUGUCCUGGAAGAUAACGGCCGUGGCAUCAAACAGAGGAAAGGCUGCUACAGCGGAAGUGCUCUUUCUUGCAGCAAUGCACACAUGAUUUCCAUUGCGUUUAAGCGUUGA